CUCCUGGCCAUUGUUGUUUUGGGAAGGAGGAGCCAGUGUGUCACGGUUGCUUUGCAAACGAGCGCUUCCUUGUCAACAGCUCAUGACGGAACCAGUCCUCUAGGGGCCGCGCGGGUAUAUAAGCGGGCGAGGAUGGAGGGCUAUCCUCAGCAACCAGCUCUCCUUCGCACAUACAUCUCUUCCACCUGCACAUUCUAGACUCGCUAUGUCGACUACGUCGCAGACUUUCCACGCAGACGCUGUCCUCUUUGACAUGGACGGCACCUUGACCGACUCCAUCCAGGCCGUCGAGGCCGCCUGGGGCAAGGUCGCGAAGGACAUUGGGCAGGAUCCUCACUAUGUUAUCGCCGCCACGCACGGCAAGCGCGCGGUCGACAACCUCGCCCAGUUCAAGCCGCACAUCAAGGCCCACGAGAUGGACGCCGCGGUCCAGGACUUCGAAGAGUCCAUUCUCUUCUUCGCCGACGCGUACAACGUACACGGCCCGGGUUCGCGCACACCGUCGCGCCCCGCGACGCGAUCCAACUCCUUCGCCGUCACCCCUAUCGACUCUGGCGCGACCACACCCGCCCUCACCGACUCCUCCGCUCCCAGCUCUCGUCAGGCCUCGUUCGUCGGCACGCGUCGUCCGUCGUUCGGGUCGACUCUUCUGAGCCGUCUCAACAUGUCGACGGUCCCCGCGCCUGAGGCUCAGGUCGCGGACGUCGAGGAGGAGCAGGAGGAGGGCAUCCGGGUCGACGACCAGGUGUUCGAGGAGGAGUCCGAGGCGGAGAAGAAGGCGCGCCACACCCUCGAGGCGUGGCAGCUUGAGGCGACGGCUGUCGACCGCUCCGUCCGCAUUCUUCCUGGUGUGAAGAAGAUGAUUGAUUCCAUCCCCGCCGGCCGCUACGCGGUCGCGACUUCCGGCGCAAAGACUUAUGCCUACGGCUGCAUGACUCGCGUCGGUAUCACCCCUCCUCCGGUCACCAUCACCGCCGACGACAAGCGUCUCAAGGCCGGCAAGCCCGCGCCCGACCCCUUCCUGCUCGCCGCCGAGUGCUUGGGCUACGACGCGAAGAAGUGCGUGGUCUUCGAGGACUCGCCUUCUGGCAUCCGUGCCGGCGUUGCCUCGGGCGCGACCGUCAUCGCGGUCUGCACUUCGCACGAGCGCAGCAAGAUCGAGAACUGCGGCGCGCACUUCAUCGUCGAGAACAUGGAAAAGGUCAAGUGCGAGGUCGAUGGCGACCGCCUACGCUUCACCAUCACCGCGUAGAGCAUCGCGCGCCUUCAACAUCCACUUCCCCCAUCCCCGUCCCCUUCUUGUCAUCAUGUACUGCUAGCCUCUGUCUGUUCUGUUGUAUGUUGUCGUGCUAUUUAUCUUGUACUAUUAGAUCAGUGUACCCGUAGAGCGGUACUCAUACCCUUGUAUACUCUCAAAACGCGCUGGAAUAGCAGUUGUUCACCUUUA